GGAGCCGCAGCCGCAGCCACAGGCCGGAAUUGUUUCCUGGGCUAAGCGCAGCAAGCUGGGAAAGCGUUUCCGGAAGGCUGGUUACAUCCCGCAGCUGAUUUUGGACGCCUCUGGCGUGGGCGAGAGGAGGGAGCAGGCGGGAGGCGCAGGGUUCAAUAUUUCGAUCUUUACUUUGAAAACUGCUGACAGCGUCUGGUAAUGUGCUGACUAGCACUAUGGGCAGGCGAUACCCAGGGGCUCACUAUCGUCCAAGCAGCUCAUAUUUCAAAUUAUAAUCCUUUUCCUGAUCCAUUGCUGAAGCCCUGUGAUCCAUGUCAGAAGUACUUCCAGUUGACUCCAGUGUGGACGCAUUGGCUGUGUUUAUGGCAAGCAAUAGCACAACAGACGUUGUGAAUCGCAAUAAUCCUGCCACUCCCCCAAAUACUCUUAACCUACGCUCCUCCCAUAAUGAACUAUUGAAUGCGGAAAUAAAGCAUACAGAAACAAGGAACAGCACUCCCCCAAAAUGCAGGAAAAAAUAUGCUUUAACUAACAUUCAGACAGCCAUGGGCCUUUCGGAUCCAGCUGCACAGCUCCUUCUGGGGAACAACUCUGCCAAUAUAAAGCUGGUGAAGAAUGGAGAAAAUCAGCUUAGAAAAGCAGCAGAACAAGGGCAACAGGAUCCCAACAAAAAUCUCACUACAACUGCAGGCAUAAACAUAACUUCUGAGAAGUUAGAAGGUAAAGAGCCUACCCCUCAGGAUUCUGCAGGCUGUGAAAUAUUCUCCUCUCAGCCGAGGAGGACCAAGAGCUUCCUAAAUUACUAUGCAGAUCUGGAAACAUCAGCCAGGGAACUAGAACAGAAUUUUGGGAACAGCCAUGUAGUGAUGGAGGAGAAAGCGGCACAAAGUAACAGCCAGGCUUCUACCAUGAUUGUCAAUGGGGAUAUGUUGCCUCAGAAACAAAACAAGCUGUCCAGUCCAGAAGAUGGCCAAGUAGCCACUGUGUCAUCAAGUCCUGAGACUAAGAAGGACCAUCCUAAAACUGGAGCCAAAACAGAUUGUGCAUUACAUCGGAUUCAAAAUCUGGCUCCAAGUGAUGAAGACUCCAGCUGGACGACGUUGUCGCAGGACAGUGCUUCUCCAAGUUCACCUGAUGAAACAGCAGAUAUAUGGAGUGAUCACUCAUUUCAGACCGACCCCGACUUGCCACCUGGCUGGAAAAAAAUCAAUGACAUUGCUGGGACCUAUUAUUGGCACAUACCAACAGGAACAACCCAGUGGGAACGUCCUGUCUCCAUACCAACGGAUCUUCAGAGCUCAAGGAAAGGAUCACUUAAUUCUAUUACCCCAUCUCCUACCCCAGAAACUGAGAAACAGCCAUGGAGUGAUUUUGCUGUACUGAAUGGGGGAAAGAUUAAUAGUGACAUUUGGAAGGACCUUCAUGCAGCCACAGUGAAUCCAGACCCUAGUCUAAAAGAAUUUGAGGGAGCAACAUUACGCUAUGCGUCUUUGAAGCUCAGAAAUGCUCCUCGGUCUAAUGAAGAUGAUUCCUGUAGCAUCAACAGUGAUCCAGAAUCCAAGUGCUUUGCUGUGCGCUCUUUGGGCUGGGUAGAAAUGGCGGAAGAAGAUCUAGCUCCUGGAAAAAGCAGUGUUGCUGUGAACAAUUGCAUCAGACAACUGUCUUACUGUAAAAAUGAUAUCAGAGACACAGUUGGCAUAUGGGGAGAGGGAAAAGACAUGUACCUUAUACUGGAGAACGACAUGCUAAAUUUGGUUGACCCCAUGGAUCACACCAUUCUUCAUUCUCAGCCCAUUGUGAGCAUUAGAGUCUGGGGAGUGGGUCGUGACAAUGGCCGAGAGAGAGACUUUGCUUAUGUAGCAAGAGACAAAGACACAAGGAUUUUGAAAUGUCACGUCUUUCGAUGUGAUACACCUGCGAAAGCCAUCGCAACAAGUCUGCACGAAAUCUGUUCUAAGAUUAUGGCUGAACGGAAGAAUGCUAAAGCUGUGGCUUGCAGCUCUUUACAAGAGCGGACUAAUGUCACCCUGGAUGUUCCCCUGCAAGUAGAUUUCCCAACACCAAAGACCGAGCUGGUACAGAAGUUCCACGUCCAGUACUUGGGCAUGUUACCUGUAGUUAAACCAGUGGGUAUGGAUACGCUGAACAGUGCCAUAGAAAACCUUAUGACUUCCACUAGCAAAGAGGAGUGGAUGCCAGUUACCAUGAAUGUUGCUGAUGCUACUGUGACGGUCAUCAAUGAAAGAAAUGAAGAACAAAUCAUGGUGGAAUGUCGUGUUCGGUUCCUGUCCUUUAUGGGAGUGGGCAAGGAUGCCCAUACAUUUGCCUUCAUUAUGGAUACAGGGAACCAGCAUUUUGAAUCCCAUGUUUUUUGGUGUGAACCAAAUGCAGGCAAUGUAUCAGAAGCUGUUCAGGCUGCAUGUAUGUUACGGUAUCAGAAGUGCUUGGUAGCCAGACCUCCUUCACAGAAAGUUCGACCGCCCCCUCCUCCUGCAGACUCGAUGACCAGAAGAGUCACAACUAAUGUCAAACGCGGAGUCUUGUCCCUUAUUGACACUUUAAAACAGAAACGUCCUGUUUCUGAGAUGCCAUAGCUGCCCAAGGAAAAGGAUUCUUGUAACACUUAAUUGAAGAUACAGUAACUACGCUAAAGAAAAUGAACUGAUGAUGUUCGACCUUCCAUUUUAAAUUGCUGAUGCUUUGUCUUCACAGAAUUUAUCCUUAUCAAAACAAUGUUAGACAAGCAUGUUCUCUCGUUCUUGCCAUCAUCAUGUGAUAUGAAAAGACGCAUGAAUAAUUUUUUUGCUGUCAAUGAGUUACAUCAUGAGCAGUGGAAGGUCUAUUUCUGAUUGUAAAUAUUCUGAACAUUACCUAAAUUCACACCCAAAAAUAAUAUGGCCACGUCCCUCAUAGUGAACUAAUGUUAAAGUCCUUGGAGUGAUUGAUGUCUGAAUUAUAGUUCACCAUCUUCUUGAGCUGGAUUUGUCACAAGCAACCCUUAAAUCCUACUGCACUUUGCCCUGUUUUCAACACUGGAGUAGGUACCAAGUAUUAGUUACCAUUAAAUUACUGUAGUAUAAAUACCAAGUUUUAUUUUUACAAAGCUACACCUGUUAGUUUUAAAAAGCGCAUUGGCAUUGGUUUAGGAACCACUUUACAAUUUUGCCUGACAUGCUUUUGAACCAUGGUGACCAUAUUUCAUUUACUGUUUAUAUAUUAUGAUUUGGAGAAGAAAAGCUUUGAGUAAUUCAGAGCAGGAUGCAUCAGCUUUAGCCUUUUGCCCUAAAAUAGAGAAAUGCAUUGGGGGGCUGUUAAAUCUGUUCUCCAAAAUCCUACAUGGUGCAACAAAAAUAUGGUUUAUUUAACUGUAGGCUCCUACCAUCUAUAAUUAAGAAAGGGACCUACUCAGAACUGUUAUAUAUGGCACAAACUAGAAAGCUACACAUUUUCCCUAUAUUACUCCUUGUGUGUGGAAACUUUCAGUUGAAGGCCUGAUCACAGUUCUUUCAUCUGGAGUUUAGUGUUGAGUUAAUAGUUACAUGAGAUGCAAAAGGACUAUCACGUUUUUGUUAUGCAGACCUGUUCCCAUUUAUACCAUGAUGAAGUUUCAUUUUACUUUAAUGCCCUUUCUGUAGCAGCUCUCAACAAAGGAAUGAUGCAGCUGUUCUCUGAUAUGAUGGAGCUACAUGUGGGGUAACCUGAUUUCAGUGCUUUUGCUCCAAAAGCUCCAGCUAGCUGUAAAUUCCUUGGAAGCAAACUAUGCAGUAUUGCCCCUUACAAGCAUACAUUGUGCUAACCUUUGAAUGCAUUAUAUGCUUAUCUUUUUCUUUGUUUUUUCCCCUUGCCCUCUGUCUAUUACAACUGCAGGUUGGUACAUACAAUAGAAAUGGAACAGUGCAGAUGUUUUUACCAGUGUUAAAAUUUUUCUGCCUCCAUUUUAGACGUCUACUCGGAAGGCUGAACCAUCUGGGUAUGCUGACACUGUACUUCUAAAGGGACAUUGUCAAGGUAGCUAGGCCCAGAAUUUGACCUAGCUUUUUCUCACUAGGGGCUUCUGUUUGAAAUGAAUGGUUGCAUAUUUUCUUUUUUUUUUAAAUUGGUCACAGUUGCUACCCAUGAGCUGCCCCAGUAACAAACAAAUCAGGAGGAGGAUGCAAGGGGCAAAGCGAUGAUCAAAACCUUUCAGCUUGGCGUUUGUAAAGGAAUUCUGGACAGCGUAACAAAAAUUAAAAUGAACUGGCAAAUGAAAGGCUGAUGCUCUACGGGUGUAAAGAUGCAGCUCCAUGGACACCAGCUGCGCAGCCAGUGCCCUGAAAUCCUCUGUUGUGCCACAGAACCUUACUGGAACUACAGUGGGGAUCAGACCUGGCUGAGGCCUCUAAGCGCUACUGUAAUAUAGAGAAUACAACCCACUAGCGUACUCUCAGCUAAAACACUUGCCUGUGGUCCCAAUUCAGCAAGGUAUUUAAGCAUGUGCCUAAUUUUUUAAACCCAUGUUUAAAAUUACCAAAUGCUCAAGUCCCAACACAGCAAGGUGUUUAUGUACCUCAGCCCCUGUUCAGAGAACCAGGCUACAAGAAGAAACUUGCAUUCACAUUCACUCCAUUGUGUCUCUGGGUUCCAGUAGUGGUAAUCUCAGUGGUUUCUAUUGGGAACCUAGGCUGACACCAUUUUUUCCCUAUAGUGGUUAUCAGCAGCCAUCAUAUGGUAACCCCACCUAGCCACCAUCACCCUGGAUCAUAUUAAAAUCACUGACCUAGAGACAUAAGAUGCAGUAUUCAUUAUCACUCCCCAGACUCAGCCAGCUAUCUGUUUGAUUUUGAAUUACAGCAAAUAUCUUGACAGUGUCCUUUUAAAGUUCCAGUUUGAAACUUUCCCAGGAUUCAGAUUUGCAAUGAGUUUUAAAUAGUCUGAAUACGUUCCAUAGGAGAUCCACUGCAUCUGUGUGAUGCUGCUGCCCCAUGAUGGCAGACCAGGACCUCCCUUUGUAAUUAAACAGUCAUGUUAAAAAGCUGUUGUUUUUAUUCACUACUUGGUGUGGUUCGGUUUCCUGUUGUCAGAACCAUGAGUACUUAGCUUGCUUUCAGCAGCAAAGCACAUAAAGAGAGUGAGGGAUGCAGUUGUAGUAGGUAUUGAAAAGACAAUGGAUAGGAAUGUAUUGAAAAGUCACAGAUCAUCUGUGGAUAUUUUGUUUUUAAAAUACUUUUGCUUAUUUUACCAAAAUGCUGAUUAAGUCUUUGAUUCUACAAACACUUCAAUAUGUGCUUUAUAAGCACAUUAGUCUCACUGGCUUCAGCAGGGUGACUCAUGCUCUUACAGGUUAUGCACAUACCCCAGUGUUUGCAGGAUCAAGGCCUAAUUUUGUAAAAACCAAUUAUAUUAAAACACUGUGUUGACUUACUUUCUGCCCUGGCCAAAAAUUACGCCUGGUGCAUGCAUGAGAGCAAAUGCCAUUCUUUUACCCAAUGUUGUAGUGACACUUCAGUUACCUGUGCAUUCUUUAUACCUAGUGAUUCUGUAAGUAGGCAUACACUAUGCCUUGUAUGUCUCAUGGCAUUUGUGAAUUAACCUGUUAAAUACAGCUUAAAAUAUUUUUAUUUUAUUUAUUCUAUUUUUACUGAACUAGCCUGCAUUCUGAUGUUGAUGUACUAUCUUUACUGGACACGAUCUCACAACAUAUCCAGUGCUAAGUAAUCUCCGUGUACUAUAGGUUGCCUAAAAAGGUGGGUUUUGUAAUUAUUUGUAGUCACACUUUUAUUGGAGUAUGUAGAAGAAAUGGCAAAACAAUGUGUAAAGCUAAUUUCUCUUUAUUUUAUAAAUGCAAGUGGUAAGUUAGAGGCAGAUAUCCCAGGCCACCUCAUUAAUAUACUCUAUUGCAGAAGCAAGGAGAUUUAUAGCCACAGCCCAUGUCCAUAGUUUAAAGCCUUUCCAUUGAGUUGCUGCCAUUUUUAGUUUUUAUUUAAACCUCUUAUGAUUUCAUUUGGAAAAAAAAAGGUGUUGUAAAGAUAUAAGAACCACCUGCAGAUUGCAUGAAAGGACAUUGAUCCCACUUCCUGUAUAAUGAGUUCUUAGUGAUAAACUUUGUGUAAAGAGCUACCUGUACCUCUUCCAAAAAAAAAUCAACUCCUUCCUUAGAUUUGCAGGAUAUAAAGCUAUGGAAUAACU